CAGUUCUAAGUGAAAAAUAAGAUUGUUUUGCCUUCGCAUUGCAACUGAAUAAAAAUGGUAUACUUUUUAUUUGUAAAGUACUUUUAUUUAUAAAUAGGCAUAAUUGUUAAUUAAAUAUCAAAAAAAAAUUUGCAUGUCUCUAUUUCGAGUUUUGAUACCAUAUCAUAUCACCGGCCUAAUUUCAGUAAAGUUCAAUUAUCUGAUCGUAGUGAUCGUAAUAAUAAUAGAACGUUAUGUGGGGAUCUGAACACAUCUUCUAAUGCGCUAAUUACUUUAUUAAUGUAUCACUAACGCAGACCGUUCCGUGUAGUAUAAAUUGUCAACUUCCUAAUUCAACAUUUAAUAUUUUGCCUUGGCUGUAAUUAUGAACAUUCGUUUUAGUCAAAGGGAUCAAGUAGCGUCAGUAUUCGUGCGGUAACAUUAUUGAAAAUCACUUUGUUAUUCGAGCACGGUUUUUUCGGAGUCCAAUUCAGCCAAUUUAAAUUUGUAAUGAGAAGUCAGUCUUAGGGAGUAAACAAACGAAAUAGGAUCGUUCUGAAAGACAAUAUGAGUACGAAAGAGAUUGUCUUGCCGCUUGUGAUUGUGCAAAUAGUUCUUUUGAUUUUAUUUUGUGUAUUCGGGAGAUAUGCACCACCAGGAGGGGAUGAAAAAUAUCCAUUGUUUCAGGAUGUCCACGUCAUGAUAUUCAUCGGUUUUGGUUUUUUAAUGACGUUUCUGAAGCGGUAUGGGUACAGCAGCGUUGGAUUUACAUUAUUAUUGGGAUCUUUCAUAAUUCAGUGGGCUAUACUUUGCCAGGGAUUCUUCGAACUCAACGCAGACUAUAAAAUUGAAAUAGGGAUCGAAAGUAUUUACCGAGCCGAUAUAGCUGCAGCAAGUGUACUAAUUUCAGUGGGAGUUGUGCUUGGAAGAACCACCGUUCUUCAUUUGCUCAUUAUGGGUUUGAUUGAAAUUGUAGUAUUCUCAGCCAACUCAUAUCUUGGAACAAAGGUCUUGCAGGUCGCAGAUGCAGGUGGUUCGAUAUUCGUUCACGCUUUCGGCGCUUACUUCGGUCUAGCCGUUAGUUACGUGCUGAACAGGAAAAAGAAGAAUAAGGAAGGAAACUCGGAAACAGCCGCUUCCUUAGCAGAAGCUAACUACACAUCAGACUUGUUUGCCAUGAUAGGUACUGUGUUCCUAUGGAUUUAUUGGCCAAGCUUUAACGCCAUAGAAUUGGAAGGUAGCCAAAAGAGCACUGCCAUCGUCAAUACCUACCUUGCACUAGCUGCCUGUACGGUCACAGCUUUCGCAGCUUCGACGUUGUUAACACAUGAGAAGAAGUUCGACAUGGUUCAUGUUCAAAAUUCAACUCUAGCUGGUGGUGUUGCGGUGGGAGCUGCAGCCAAUCUCAUGAUUCAACCACUCGGAGCUGUAACCAUAGGAAUAAUUGCCGGAGUUAUUUCGGUUUAUGGAUACAGUCGAAUAUCGCCAUUGAUAGAAAAGCGUUUGGGGAUUCCAGACACUUGCGGAGUCCACAAUCUCCACGGAAUGCCUGGUGUCUUAUCUGGUCUUCUUAGCGUAUUGAUGGCAGGAAUAGCAACUGAGGAGUUGUACGGAAUAAACUUAUACAGUGUAUAUCCCGCUAGAGACGGAACAACUGCUCGCAAUGCAGGAGAGCAAGCUGGAUAUCAACUCUUUGGGUUGGCCAUAACUGUCGCCGUUGCUGUUGGUACCGGAUUAUUGACAGGAUGUAUUUUAAGCGUCACCAAAACACUUCCUGCACUAUUAGAAUACAACGACGCCGCACAUUGGGAACUUCCUAAAGAUGUGGUAAUAGAUGUAGUGAUAGAAAAUCAUACAAGCAAACAUUACGACAACCCCAGUUUCGUCGCUUCAGUCACAGAUGGCGCCACAGCAGAACCUGAGUAGCCAUUGUAUAAUAUAAAAUUGUUCAGUGAAAAUUACUGUUUCUGUAAAUAGUAUUUAUAGUUAUAAGAACAUUAUCAGUCGUUCUUUACAAAUCUGUUUUUGUUAAAAUUAUAUUUAUAUUUAUGUCUA